AUGGCUACUCCGCCUCCUGCCUCGAGCGCACUGGUGCAAGAGCCCAUAGAGUAUGACUACGAGGGUCUCGCGCCUGGGACAAGUCUAGGUGCGAACCUGGCUGCGGGUGCUUUCGCUGGCAUUAUGGAGCAUACAGUUAUGUAUCCUGUUGAUGCUAUUAAGACCAGACUGCAGGUUCUCAGUCCGUCACCGGGUGCGGUGUACAAUAGCAUGGGAAGCGCUGCUACGAGGAUGUUCCAACGAGAAGGACUACGGUCUAUGUGGAGAGGAGUCAACAGUGUAAUUCUCGGAGCUGGCCCUGCCCAUGCAGUCUACUUUGCCACGUACGAAGGAGCCAAGGAGCUUCUUGGAGCCACAUCAUCAACAGAACAUUAUAUUCUGGAAACAGCUACCGCUGGCGCUUUAGCCACCAUGGCGAGCGACGCCCUCAUGAACCCAUUUGACGUCGUCAAGCAACGCCUUCAGCUUCACGACUCAACCUACCGCGGUAGCAUCGACUGCGCGACUACAAUGUACCGCACCGAAGGACUCCGAUCCUUCUUCAUCUCUUACCCAGCCACCAUUUGCAUGACAAUACCCUUUGCCGCUAUCCAAUUCGCUGCGUACGAUUCCUUUUCGAAAAUCCUCAACCCCACCGGGACGUAUGACCCGCUCAAGCACUCUGUUGUUGGCGGCCUGGCAGGAUCGCUUGGUGCCGUGUUGACGAAUCCGUUGGAUGUCGUCAAGACCCUGUUGCAGACCAAGGGGAGUAGUCCCGAUCCGCGCAUUCGGAGCUGUAAUGGCUUGUGGGCUGCGACGAAAUUGGUCUAUCAACUGGAGGGUUAUCGAGGUUUUGGGAGGGGAAUGGUCCCUAGGACUGUUAAUAUUGCUCCGAGUACGGCGAUUUGUUGGAUGUCGUAUGAAAUGGCGAGGUGA